CAGAGUGAGACCUCUGCUGCUGCUCCCAGGUGUGACUGACGUGAAGCACACACACCUGUCCAGGUGAGGCUCUGACUGAUUGUCUGUAAGGAAUGUGACGUUGUCAUCCAUCCACUCCACACUGAGGAAACCCAGCAAAGUUUCUUUCUGUCCAGAAAAUUACCAAACUUAUUUUCUCUUCUUUUUUUUUCCGUUGGCAUUCGAAGGAUCUUCGAUUAUGGAUAAAUUAAAAUCGGUCCUUAGCGGGGAAGAGUCUCGACGAGAGGACCGCAACAUUUUACAGUCUGUGAACGAAGCCUCCACUUUAGGCUGGGGGACCCGCAUAAAGGGAUUCAUCGCCUGUUUUGUUGUGGGAGCCGCGUGCACAGUUUUGGGAGUAUGCAUGCUGUUUCUGCCCAGAAUUGGUCUCACUCUCUUCAUCGUCUUCUACACAUUUGGAAACAUUUGUGCCCUUUGCAGCACGAUGUUUCUGAUGGGCCCAAUGAAGCAGCUGAAGAGGAUGUGUGACAAAACCAGAGCACUGGCCACAACGAUCAUGCUUACUUGCCUUGUUUUAACUCUGUGCGCUGCCUUCUGGUGGAAGAACUUUGGACUUGCUUUAUUAUUUUGCAUUUUGCAGAUCUUGUCCUUUUGCUGGUACAGUCUCUCAUACAUCCCCUUUGUCAGGGAGGCGAUCAUGAAAGCUGUGGCUCUCUGCAUAAAGUGAACUCCCCCCUCUCCCUGCUGUUUGGAGCAAAACUUGUUGGAUAAAUGUAGGAUAUUAAAGACCGGGAUGAAUGAAGCUGCUCAAAACUUCCUGUUCCAGUGGAAAAAAUAUUUUUUUUUUACCUCAACAGAUUCCCAUUUUUUGCCUUAUGAAUCCAGUUGAUUUUAAAGUUUUUUCCCUUGAGUCUGAGGAUCAUCUUGAAGUAAAUCUUUAUAACGGUGGCCUUUUAAUUAUUUUACUUGUAAAUAUCUGUAAAAAAAAAUAAAUACAUUAAAGCUUU